GUGAUUUCUGAUAUAUAGCUCUUCUGAGAUAUAUAUAUAUAUAUAUAUAUAUAUAUUAUUAUUAGAAUUGUUUUUACAAAUGGCAACUGUACAUAAAUCUAUAUGGACGUUGAAACGCUUUGGACGUUUUUUGCCUGGGACCAAAGAAGACGGCGGUAAUCCAUGGAAGAUGUUUGAGCCCAGUGAAAGCGCGGGUGAAUUGGUGCUCACCAUUGUGGAAUCUGGUCAUAUGUUGGUGUCCCAAGGCCACGAUCUUCUGGAUGGGUUUUCCUUACUUGAUGCUCCAAGCUACCUCAAAGUUCAGCAGAAAUCAGAUACCCUGCUGUUCCGUCUGACUGUUAAGGGGGAGAGCCGUCUGAUCAGGAUGCAGUUCAGUGGCAGCAGGGCUGAGGCCCUGGAGGAGUGUAGCAGUGCAGUACUCAGACUGAAGGAGUACCUGCCUGUCACCACACAGAGGGGGCCACCACCACUCAGCUGCCCCCCAACACCCAAUCAGCCCCCUACCAAGACCACUGCACAGAAUCAACAGGCGGGUGCUGGGGAGGCUAUGGCUACUGAACCGGAGGUCGUCCAGGGCUCUUUAUCCAUCAAACGUCUUACCCAGCACUUCCUGGGCGAGCAUAGUCUGUCUUUGCCCCUGGUGUACCGCCACAGUGCUCUGUCCCGUGGGGAGCUGGAGCCCUUUGUCCGCCUGUGUCUCUUGGACCCCAGCUUCCCUGCCUUGGUGGAGGAGGUGGAGGGGGAGCUGAGGAGAGUGCUCCAGGACUGAGGAGCUGAAGCUCAUCAACACAAACAGCCAGAGAGAGACAGGUCAACUCACUACACACGGUACACAUGUGGGAGGUGGGUUGUGGAAAAGUUGGGGGAUGUGUUGUUCUUCAUGCUGCUGAUUUUGUAAAUGUGUGCUGGAACAUAGUGACCAUUGUGUUGUAGGAGGAUAUUUAAACCGGCACAAAUGUUGCAGUUUCUAGAAAGAAUUUGAGGCAAAGAAACAAAAUGUAUUUUGGAGCCUUUUAUUUUCAAAAAUGUAUUGGUCUCGUAUGUUAUUGGUCUGAUGUUUUAUUGUGGCUAGAGAUACCGUAGCUCCUUCCAUUUCCAGCCUAAUGUCGGUCCAUUUGCACUGUAAUACACAUGGAUACACUGUAUUUAUAGGACAGGAGUCAUGCAGCUACAGCAGUGCAUUUUGCUAUACCAGCUUCCAAGUGAUCCCACAAUAUUAAAGCUUCACUGAGAAAAACAAACUACCCCCAAUAUAUCUCUAUAUGAAUACAUAUUGCAUAGGAUAAUAGCCAUGCUGUACAAUUUCAGAAAAAUAAAAAUGAAUGAAUUA